CCCUCCUCCUCUCUCCGCUCCACCCCCUCCCGUUGUCAAGGCGACAGGCAGCUGGGGGCGGACACCCUGCGGCUGAGGGCGGGGCUUUUCUGCGUGUUUACGUAUCUGGACGUGCGCUCGCUGCUGCGGGCGGCCGAGGUCUGCUCCGAUUGGCGGUUUGUUGCCAGGCACCCGGCGGUUUGGACACGCCUCCGGCUGGAGAACGCCAGAGUGUCUGCGGAGUUCCUGACCACUCUGUCUCAGUGGUGUACGCAAACCCAGUCUGUGGUUCUGAACAACCUGAAGCCUCGAAGCAGACGUGCCAACGAGACGCGAGAGGACUACCACAAAAACACACGGGGCAGUGUGGAGGCGGGGCUGGAGGCGCUACUGCGGUCAGCAGGUGGCAGUCUGCUCUACCUGUCCGUCUCUCAGUGUCCUCACGUCCUCACCGACAGGACGCUGUGGCUCGCCAGCUGCUACAGCAGGAACCUGCAGACGCUCACAUACAGGAGUUCGUCUGACCCUCUUGGUCACGAGGUUCUCUGGGCCCUGGGUGCGGGCUGCAGGAACAUCAGCAGCCUGCAAGUGGCUCCGGCUCACCCCUGUCAACAGCCCACUCGUUUUGGUAACCGCUGCCUGCAGACGAUUGGUCGAUGCUGGCCACACCUCCGUUCGCUCAGUGUGGGCGGGGCCGGCUGUGGCACUCAGGGACUGGCUGCUUUGGUGCACUCCUGUGCUCACCUGCAGCUGUUGGAGCUGGAGCGUAUUACCGACCUCGGCCUGCAGGCGGCGACGGAGCUGUGCUCAGCGGGCCUGAAGAGUCUGGAGACUCUGAUCCUGACACACACACCCGUCAGCGGUCAGGCCAUCCUGCACUUCCACAGUGUGUGUGAGAACAUCAGGCGUAUAACGGUCGAGGUCUCCGUGUCGGAUUACUUUGAGGAGCCGGACAGUCAGGAGGCUCAGCAUCUGUUUGGAGAAAUCCUCAACACGCUGAAG